AGGAAUUUAAACAGGGUGGAUGGGUCAUGGGAAAUUCUCCAAGAAGGCAAAAGGAGGGAGGAAUCACAGGUCACACACCUUCCACUAUUUCUCUUCCCUUCUCUUCUUCGUUCGUUCGUUCGUUCAUUCUAACUCUUCUAACUCCAAACUUAAUUAAUAACCACACCGCACCUGCAUGCUCUCUGCAUCCUGCACCCGCACACACCAGAUCCCUCCCUCCCUCCUCAUUCCACUUCCCAAUUUCAUCGCCACCACCCAACCAUGAACGAUUUCGAUGGCCUCUUCAACUCUUCCGAUUUCGGUCUCAAACCUCAGCCACAGGGUAAAUCCGCACCAAUGGCUUCUGCACCCAAGGGAUCUUCCAACUUCCAUUCCGGAUCGCGAUCCGAUUCCGUAUUCGGAUCCUCCGCUUCGGGCAACAACCAAAACGCCGCAGCCUUCGACGAUCUUCUCGCCGGCGCUGGAUCCGAUACUCGCCGAGCCGGUUCCCCGUUCGAUUUAGAUUCCAUGUAUGGUCGGCCUUCUGCUGAUUUUCCUUCCAGGUCCGCCAAUUCGCCGGUGUACGACAAACCGGUCUACGAUGACGACAUUUUUGACGGCGUGCCAGGGUUGAAGAGCACGUCCAAGGUUAAUUUCGAUGAUGUUUUUGUCUCCGCGACUUCGGAAAGUGGCAGCGGUGGUGCCGCUGCGUUUGAUGAUCUUCUUGGAGGGUUUGGUAAGGAAUCGAAGAGUUCGGGUAAAAAGAGAUCGGAGAAGGAUGAUAAAGGUGUUUCCGAUUUUGAUGAUUUGCUUGCUGGAUUCGGAAGCAGUAGGUCUUCUAGUGACAGGCACAAUCCGGAUAUCGGUUUGUCCUCAGAACCAACUGCCAGUGUGUCUAAAACGACCUCCACUGUGGCAGAAGACCCUUUCAAAGUAUUUGAAUCAGCUUCAGCCCCAGUGGAUCCAUCCCCAGGCCGCUUUACGGACCCUUUGGAAGAAAUUAGUAAAUUUAGUAGUUCUAGAAGCCCAAAAAAUGAUAGUUCUUCAACUUCAAAUGGAACAGUAUAUGAAAAUAUUGAUCCUUUUGAUGGACUUGGAAAAUCUGUUCCAGCACUCUCAUCAGAGAGAAAUAACAGGAAGGGUAGCAGUUCCCCAAGGUUAAAUACAAGCACAAGUUGGACUAGAGAUAAAGAACAAAUUGAUAAGUUGUCUGGGAGGAGUCCUGAGUGGCACUCACAAAACAAGAUUCCUGUUGAAAAUGAUCAGGAGUUUCCACAGGCCCCAUUUUACGUGCCUACAUAUUCAUCUGAUUCUAAUAAACCAGUUGAUCAAAGGUCUACUUCCCCUCCAUAUGAUAAUGUUGGUUUUGGACAAGCCAGUGUUCGGGUAGAUAUGUCUCCAAAAUAUGAAGAAAACUUGGAAUCAAGUGAUGAUGUAUGGCUGACGGUAUCAGAGAUUCCUCUUUUUACACAACCAACUACUGCUCCACCACCUUCAAGACCCCCUCCUCCGCGGCCAGUACAUAUUCCCAAGUCAGGAACAAGUUCACCAGCUUCUACCAAUGCUAGAAACAAGGCUAAUGAAUUUUCUUCUUUUCCUAAUUCCUCUCGAUUCGCUCGUGAUCCGAAGUCUGCUCCAGCUGCUACAGGACUACCACCAUCUCAGUUUGAUGAACUUGAUGAUUUUGCCAUGGGCAGAAGUCGUGGUAAUGAUGAUGAGAGUGGAAAUGGUCUUGUGGAUGAAGAAUUAGAGAUGAACUCAGCUGCUGCAGCAAUGAAGGAGGCAAUGGAUAGAGCUGAAGCAAAAUUUAGACAUGCAAAGGAAGUUAGGGAGAGAGAGUAUUCAAAAUCUACUAGAAGCAAAGAAACCGUGCAAAUGGAAAAAGAUGAGAGAACCAUGCUACAGGAGAGAGAAAAACAUGAAAGGUUAGACCUUGAACGGAAGCAAAAGGAGAGGGAGGAACAGGAGCAAAGAAGACUCAUGAAAGAAAGGGAGGAGAAAGAAAGAGAACAACAGCGACUGGAGAGGGAAAAGGCAAGACAGGCUGUAGAAAGAGCUACUAGAGAAGCACGUGAAAGAGCAGCUGUUGAAGCACGCCAAAGAGCUGAGAGGGCUGCUGUUGAUAAAGCUAAUGCUGAAGCUCGAGGGCGUGCUGAGAGGGCUGCAGUGCAAAGGGCACAAGCUGAAGCCCGAGAAAGGGCUGCUGCAGAAGCAAAGGAAAGAGCUGAAAAGGCUGCUGCUGAGGCCAAAGAGAGGGAAGCACGGGAAAGAGCUACAGUUGCAAGGGCUGAAGCAGAAGCACGAGUUAAAGCAGAACGUGCUGCUGUAGAAAGGGCUGCAGCUGAGGCCCGAGCAAGGGCUGCAGCUGAGGCCCAAGAAAGGGCUGCGGCUGCUGCAAGGAUGAAUCAGCAAAAGAAUGAAAAUGAUCUUGAAUCCUUCUUUGGCAUGGGUGCACGAGCUAGCAGUGCUCCAAGGCCUCCUAGGGCUAACUCUACAUCAGAUGUAACAAGGAAAUCUACGGGUGCAUCUGCAAGUAUGAAGAAAGCAUCAUCAUCCACCAAUAUUGUUGAUGAUCUUUCCUCAAUUUUUGGAGCUGCUCCAUCAUCGGGAGAGUUUCAGGAAGUUGAAGGAGAAAGUGAAGAAAGGCGACGAGCCAGGUUGGAUCGCCACCAGAGGACUCGGGAACGUGCUGCAAAAGCAUUGGCUGAGAAGAAUCAGCGGGACUUACAAACUCAAAGAGAACAAGCUGAGAGACAUAGGCUUGCUGAAACACUGGAUUUCGAAAUUAAGCGCUGGGCUGCAGGAAAAGAGGGGAACUUACGAGCCUUGCUCUCCACCUUACAAUAUGUGCUGUGGCCUGAAUGUGGUUGGCAGCCAGUUUCUUUGACUGAAUUGAUUACGGGUGCUGCUGUUAAAAAAGCCUACAGGAAAGCUACGUUGUGUAUUCAUCCUGAUAAAGUGCAGCAGAAGGGUGCCACUCUACAGCAGAAAUAUGUUGCAGAGAAGGUGUUUGAUCUACUCAAGGUAUUUCUGGCUUUCUCAUGUGACUUACAUAUGCUUUCUAAUCAAUGCUCUAUGAAGAUAGAAUAAUUUGUUUAUAUUAGCCAAUGACAUCAAUGGGUUUCUGAAUGUAGAUUAAGCUAGCCUUAUUUUUCUAAGCAAAUUCUAGUGAAUUUAUCCUGUAGCACACUGGUAAAAUUCUGUAGCACGUUGUAUACUAUCAUUUAUCCAGUUGUUUCACUAAUAAGUAGCAGCUGGGUAGGUUCACAAUGAUCUACUACCUUUGUAGAUGAUCAUUUUUUUCCUGUUGCUUGUUCUCACCUUGAUUCUUGAACUCUGGUUCUGUCAGCAAUGGUUUACUUGUUUCCUCAUCUCCAUCAAUCUUUUUCCAGCUUAGAAUCACUUUUCAUAUGUUAUUGUUGAAAAGGGUAGUAUAUGUUAAUAAUGGUGGGUUUACCCUGAACCCAUUGACUGAGUCCGUUGAUCAUGUAUCUUAAGUUAUUAUCUGUUUUUGUAGAAAUGUUUGCAAAACUUUCCCACUUUUGCCCUUUUUAUAUAGUGUUGGAAGGCAUUCAACUUCUAACAGAGAGAAUGAUAUAAAUUUUAUUUUAUUUAAAUGAACUGCUGCUAACACACUUUUAACAUCACUUUUUUAGUAGCUUUAUACGAUUGGCUGUAUUAGCAACCCAACAGUUGAACAAAGAUUUACUAUUUUAGAGAAGUGAUAUAAACCGUACACUAUUCUUUUUGUGCUCUAAACCAACAAAAAUUUACUGUUAUGAUUUAUAAAACAUUUGAGUGCCACCGUGCAGAAUUUAUCAAGCUACUGCAUCAUGUUGUGUGCUCAGUUUUUUCUUUUCUACAUAGUUAGCCUUGAAGCGGUUAGAUUACUAGUUGAUGCCGAUUAUGGUAUGUGGGUCAAGCAGGGUUUGAUCUCAUGAUGCCUCUAGUGUGUAAAUUUUAAUUUAAAAAAGUGUUUAGGUUACGGUUAGUUAUUUAUAGUUUGUUGGUGUUCCCAAUAUAUAAACCAUCAGUUCAUUAUCCAAAGAAAUAGGUAGUUGCAGAUAGUGGUCAGUUAUUUGCAGUUUCAUUACUUAGAUAAUUUUCCCCCUCUUCUUUUGCAUUAAUAUGUGUAAAAAGUGAUUUGACAUGAAUGUGUUUGUGUCAAGACUCGUAUGUUAUAUUGCUGAGUCCAGAAUAAAUGCCUCCAUCUUUGGUUGAAAGUUUAAUCAUUCAUUACAGGAAGCCUGGAAUAAAUUCAAUUCUGAGGAGCUUUUCUAGACUUUGAUGAAUUUAUCUCCUUCAAGGUAAUUUGUUCAACGGUUCUGUUCAGAGGGGACCACAACCCUGUUUCUUCAGCUACCUCCCUAAUUGCAUAUUUGUUUUGAUUGAAGUUAUAAUGCAUCGAUGGUGAAAUAUUGCUCCCUGGCGUCUCGAGUUUUUAGUGUAAUUGAUGUUCUUCCAGAGGGUUGUUGGGUUUCUAGAAAUGUUUUAUUAAUGUAGCAUGUUUCGUUGAUGUAAAAUAUCUUUUUGUGCUAUCAAUUUUAUUAUUCAUCAUCCCUGUCUAGUGAGGGUUCAUGAGCAAUCCUUUUUUUCGGGUUCAACAGAGGAUCCACCCCCAAGUGGGUCCUGGGAAGCCCUCCUUUUAUUGUUACCUGUGAUAUAGUACAAUUUCUUGAAUACAUAUACGAUCUUGGAGAUUGACACCAAAAGCUGCGAUUUAUACAUGGAUCAUCGCACAAGCUUCUUCAUUUUAUACAUUUAAGUUGUUUGUCAACAGCGGUGUUCGGUUGAGCAUGUUCAACUAUUUUGUUUGAUGCUGGGACAACAGAGUCGUAGGCUUCUGAUGAAAAUCUUUUGUACGUUUUUCAUUUGGUCUGGAAAAGUUCUGUACAUUUUUUUUACGUUGAUAAGUUGUGUGUAUUCAACUUGAUUUCUAUGUACAGAUUUCGUCCUCCAUGAUGAAAGGGUUACGAGUGGUGUAAAUAAGCCAGAUCAAAUUAUGCACGAACAGUUUCGACUUG